AUGCUCAGUUUUGCUUUGUCCCGCUCCAAUGCUGAAGCCAUGCCAGAAGCUCCUGAGAAGGAGGAAAAUUUUCAGGAAAGCCCGGUGCAUGCUGCACCCUCGCCACAGGCGGCUCCUGCAUUGGAGCUCCCACACCUGCGGCCUGAGCCGGUUGAAGCGACAAGCUCGGGAAGUAUGGAAGUUUCUGCAGCCGAACUGACCGCCUUUCGUGAAUGGCAAGCUUUGCAGUCGAAGCAGCCACCGACAGGGUCUGCACCACCCUCGCCACCGAAGAAGCAGAAGGUCGAAGAUGAGGAAGACAUGCUUGAAUUCCAAGUCGAGCUUGACAUCAACUUUGCCGACCUGGGCCCGGAGUUGCAAAACAAACUUAAGACAUCCAAGAGUGCCAGCCGAGAUUUCCUCGCUAUCCACACGACUGACCGGUGCUACAACCCAGCUGACGGCACGUGGGAUGAACAGACCACGGCCAAAAAGAGAGAUUUUGGAAGUACAUUGGACAGAGCUAUUCCACACCUCACCGCCGAAGACAAUGUGCAGCAAGCAAUGCUGCAGUACCACCAGCGCAGCGUUCUCCUCUCCUGGACCAGCCACACCUUUGCUGCGACACUCAAUAGCUUGGACAGAAGUAAAGCCAACAAGACCAUCCUGCUCAUGGACCUGCCGCCACUUUUCAACGAGAAGAGUUUGGACACCAACAGUGGCUACUACCUUCAACUGGCAGGUAUGUCCUGGAAUGAUAUUGCUGCUUUGCACAAUCACAUGGUCAGCUCUCAGGCAGCUGUGGUUCGCAUCGAGUUCGUGACCGAGACCCAGGCCGACACUUUCCGAGACACUAUGCGGCAAGGCCUCCGCUACUGGAGAGACCCUCAGUGCCAGGACUGCAAAAUUCGUAUUGAGCAGGACCUACCAGUGGACGACCGCGUGGCCAUGCAGCUGUAUUUAGCCCUUCUUGAUGUUUUUGUCCGAAUUGUGAGCUAUGUUCUGGACCCUCGCUUUUCGAGGUGCUAUUCCUGCCUACUAUUGGUACAUGACCGCUUCUACGAUCAGGCACUGAAACGUGCCACAGCUGACCGCACAACUGUGCAACGAGCUUCCUUCGACAAGGCUUUCGACCUCACCACCGCAGUUUCUCCACAGGCUUUCCCGCACACAGUGAUGCCGGUUAGGAUCUCGGAUGAUCUAGCUUCUAUGCUUCAGUCUCACCCAAUGCUGCCCUUGCAGGGCGCUGGCGGCAUGACCGCCCUGACGGCCCAGGCUUUCUUAGACCAGGGUUAUGAUGAUUACGGCAAUGGGUCCACAAAGGCCAAGGGCUUCGGAAAAGGUAAACAGGCCCCAAAACGCAAUGACUGCCAAGACUCUUGGAAACCCGAGAUGGGCAAUAAGCGCAGCACCUCCUCGUACCAAGGAUGGGCUCAGAAACAAGGAGGAUGGUCGGACUACCAAGGAUCCCAGAAAGGAGGCCAGAAAGGCAACCAGAAGGGCCAAGCUAAGGGUGCUUGGAAGGAGAGAGAUCAUGACUCCCGAACGAAGUGGAAGAAGGAUGAUGAUCAGGAUAACCAUGAUAGUUGGGGUUCCGGCUGGAAAUCCUGG